GUUUGAAACAUUGACACGAUGACAGGGACACUGGCCCUGCAAUGCCCCACAAACCGACCCCCGUAUGUUUAGGUCUAACCUUUACAAGCGUGUGAUUCAAUUUAAACUGGACGCGCCAUUGCACACAUCUAUCCGUACCCAGGUGGGAGACGCGUAUAGUACGUACAUUCUGCACUUCCACAGUUUGUUGUCCUUUUGUAUAGCACGAAGCAAUCAUUUACAACAACGCAAAAAUGGCAGAAGCUGUGACGCUCAAGAAAAGAGGUCGCCCCAAGAAAGUCGCGGUGGACGAUGAGGUCUACGGUAGUAUUCGGGGUUUGGGGGAGGCAACAACAGCCGACGAAGAGCCCAAAACAGGAACGCGAGGAAAAGCCGCGGCUUCUUCGUCACUGGCCAAGAAAUCAACAUCCAAGGCUGCAAUAACGACGUCGUCAACAGCUGCGAAAAAAACGAAAGUACUGGCAGAGAAUAAGAAAGUGACGGCAUCGACACCGGCUGCAAGUCCGACCAGGAAGAGGAAUGUGAAAAGCUCAACUUCAAGUGCAGGUCCAACGUCAGAGCCGACCUCUUCGACUGCUGCCAAAUCUGAUACUGCAGGAAAUACUGUAACAUCUACGGCAAAUCCUGAGUCUGCACCAAAGACUACCACAACAGAGAAGGUGGAAGGUCUGAUAGCAGAAGCCAAGAACUCUACUGCUAAAGCACAGAAAUUGCCGGCUGAGAAAGAGUCUGCAACUACGGAAACAGCAGCACGUUCUGCGACGAUCACUACGCCCACAGUGGUGCAAAGGACGAGAACAGCGGCGAGUGCUGUCGAGACAAAGGAGUCUUCUAUCCCAAUUCAACUUUCUGACGGUCAAGGUCAAGAUCAAGAUCAAACACGCCUCUCGAAAAUUCUGCAACAGGCUAAAGCGUUCAGCGAGCUUUCUGACGAUCUGCAUCGUAGUCUGUUUGAAUUUGUCGGGCAUCGUGAAGUCGAGUACGCUACGGGACAGCAAGGCUUGCAGCCACAGACAGGAAAGCCGGCAUCUGUACAGGAGGUCGAGGUUCUAAUCUCAAGCGAAACUGAGUCUGUGGCAGCAGUAAGAGCCAUACCCAUAGAGACACCAACAGUGACAGCUGCAGCAACUCCAAUACCAACACCAACAACGGUGGCGGCUGAGCAAGAGCCCCAGCAGGAGAAGCAGAACCAGAAGUCGACUGAGACUAUAGCUCUAUCUGCAACCCAAAACGAAAAAGGACCCGAAGCACAGGUAAAAUCGAAAGUUACCCUGGAAGAAUUGGUACAGUUAGUGGAAGCCGCGGUAUCAGCACCACCACCAACAGCAGCAGCAGCACCAACGUCAAAACUCGCUCUGGAAGCAGAGCCGCUUGUCCUCGUCGAACAAGCCGCCCUCUCCACUCAAGGACCCUUCACCCCUGACGAAACACAGCGUCAACCUCCCGCCAUCGCUCCAACAGUCUACAUCCCAUCAGCAUCAAUGCCCCUCGCCAUGCCCCAAUCAUGGUGGUCACGACCGGCACGACCGCGCUAUGUACUCCCCGCAUCGACGGUGACCGCCCUCGCUGCACGUGGGAUCAAUACCACCAAUAUACAGCGACAACAACAACCUCCACCAUCUCCGCAUCAGGCUGGCAGCAGCACCACCAGCACAUCUAGUGGGCCGUCUUUCCCGAAGAGAGCAGACGCCGGAGCCGGUAUUGGUGCUGGAGCAGGCGGUUUUGGAGCGGGAGGAGUAUCGUUACCUCCUUCCCGCCCUCCGCCGCCGACACCGCAACCAAAACGACCUUCUGAAUUGCCGAUCCAGGAGCUCCAGAAAGACCCGAAAUACAGAUCGUUAUCGAGGCGGUGGACUACGAUUAUGGUUGCGUUGCCGGUGGCGAUUGUGAGUAGUUAUGUGCUUUGGGAACGAUGUGAG